GUGGUAGCCGUGUCAGUAUCGAACGAGAUUCUUAGCGCGCUGGUGCGGUUUUGGUCCCCGGUUGCUCCAAAGGAUUUCAGCUCGCUCUUUGGUUUCUCUUCCUUGAGCCUCUGAAGUGAUUACCUGUGGUGUCCGAUAAGCUGUAAAGUGACGGCAAGUACCCGGUUCCGGAAGCGGAAUUGGAUUUUCAAACAUUUUGCACCUGCACUAUGGGAUACCGUUGUCUCGGCGAAAUUGUCUGACUCAAUCGACGAAGGUCAAAAGCAAACGCUAGUGUUCGAUUCUCGGUUGAGAAAAGGAUAAUUCAAUUAUUCAGAGGGGCGCGCGUGUGUGAUUCGAUUAUAAAGUGCUCUUCAGAAAACCCUGGUUAUGGCUCGGUAAACAUAAGAUGAUGAUGUGAGGGAAGGUGCCGGAGGCUGCUCGCAGGGAAAGUAUAUUAUGAUUAUGUCCGGUGUUCUAUAAAUCGCCAGAAGGGAUUAGCUAGUCGAUUAUCAUAUUGGUUGAAAUUGAAAUCUCGUGUUAUGUAAACAAUGGAUCCAUUUAUGAAUGUUGCUUAUGUGUUGGAUCAGCGAAAUCAUGAGUUUGAUCCAUCAGCUUAGGGGAAACGUUAUUAUCCAUUGGAAAGCUGUCUGAGUUAAAGGCAAUUUUCGUCAAAACUAUACUGAACCUGAUAAUCGUAUACGCUUCAAUCGAAACAUUGGGUGGAAACUGCUAACAACGUUCUCCAAAGCCCAUCACAUUAACGGUUGAGAAAGUGUGAACGUUCCUCGUUGAAGAAUUAGUGAAAAGAAAACAUCGAUUAUAAGAUUAUGAGUGAAUAACUUUCUCUUACUGUGUUCUAGUUUAGGCGACGCUAUUAAAUCCUUCUCGGAUCCGCUAAAGUUGUGUUCGUGAAUUAUUAAGUUCCAGCAUCAACGUGUUGAUUGGAAGUUGCACAUAUGAAAAGCACUGUGUGAAUUUUGUCAUUUGAGUGACAGCUUGAAGCCGUACCAAAAAAGCAGAAAACCAAAUUGACGCGUGUUGUACCGACAAAAGUCACUAUCCGACGUGCUGUGGACGAGAAAAAAAACUGUCGCUUUCGUAAUUGAUUUACGCUGGUGAAUCAGAGCGAAUCCUUCCGUGCGAACACUGACACAAUCGCUGUUCAAUCAGAAGGAUACUCGUCAGCCAGCCAGAAGCAUAUGGUGUGAGCACGUUUAGCCAGAGUGAAAGUGAAGUUUCGAAUCGUUCCCGUAGGAUUUGAUCUGUUGCCACGGACGAUUUCGGCAAAUUUUAGUGUAAAACUUAUCCAGAGCUGGGUGUAGUGGGAUUGUUUUUGCCGUACGGUCGAGGGGAAAAAAGGUCGCAGAUACAGGAUAACACAUUUGGACUUACAAUCGUAUAUACUUGUGCCGUUAUAUAGUUCCAUCAUUUGAUUCAAUCUAAGGUUUCGGCGCAUUCGACCUAAUACACAAUUCGUAAGGUUUGAUUAACUUUGCUGGAGGUGGAGGUGAAAAGAAAUCUCUACGCUGACUGAUUGACAUCGCUGAAAUUGAUCUGAAAGCGGUAUAUAAUGGUAAUUUCACCGCACAAUCUAAACCAGCCGGGGCAGUGGUGGGACCGGUUUCUUUUGCUUCGGUCAAAUGCGAUAAGCCACACAAAUUUCGCCUAAGAAGGGAUGGAAUCUUCGGAUCAGUGGAUUGGCAAAGUUUUUUCAGUUACUAGAAAGAGCAGACCCGAACAUCCACUGUCGAUAUUUGUCCAUAUUUUCCGAUAUGAUGCUCGCUUGUGCGCUCCGAAUGCUUCACCAGUGGUGGCGCUAAAUCCCCGAACGACUGGACCCACGGCAGCGGUGUCUUGCCGCCUGUAGUCAUUGUAGUUGGCGUCUGUGUCAAAUUGAUCCCUUUUUCUGGCCGAACCCGAGAACCACUCUGCCACACCCGACGAUAGGAAUCCAUACCGGGAGAACGCUAGGAACAAUCAAUAGCAGCGGCAGCUGAAAAGGCCGGCAGCAAAUUGAAAUCUCCUGUUGGUUCAGCGGAUACAGGGCUCGCACUCCAAGGCCAAUGCGAGCAGCCGUUACGCAUUGCAACCGAAGGCUUAGCCUAUGAGAAGGAUAGACGCGCUCUCGGCCCGGCAGAGCAAACGUUGUCAUCAUUGGCAAACCCACAAAAGUCCCCACAAACCAAUGCUUUGGGACAGCGGCAGAGGGAGACGCAGGAGACUGGAGACCCCGAGUGGGCUGGUCCAUUUGACGAAAUGGUGCACGACGCUGUUUAUCAUACUGGAAUCUACGAGCGUUGGAAGUGGUCUGAUAGCUUCAAUGCCAUCGAUGGCAAAUUUCAACGGCAGCAGCAGCGGCAGCUCCAGCAGCACCACAGUCACCACCCAAUCGGUGUCCACUCCCGCUUCGAGGCCUACUCACGAGAGCACUGGGCCGCCGAAACUGCCGCAUUUCGAGGCCCUGGUGCAACCCAUCCCACGCGGUUUCGAGGGUGACGCUCUGCCCGAAGCGUCCACAGCCAGUGACACUGAUCCUCUGCUACUGCUAGGUGGCUUUCGCUUUCCGGCAGAACUUCAUGCCGAACCAAUCGGUUCGGUUAGAUCCGGUGCUAAUCCCACCAGUGGUAGUGAAAGGCAACGAACUAGCCCACUGGUUGUCGGCGGCAACGAUGGCCAGCUGGCUUCACAGGGUCCUAAGCCCAAUCUAGUUAAUUUAGGCGUAAGCAGUAGCGGUAGUAGCAAACUCAAAAGUGUUAGUUUAAACUUAGCCAAUAAGACCGCUAGUGGUAGUGCAACUGUAAAGGGCAAAUCGAUUGCCGGCAGCCGUAACGCAAAUGUUCCAACUUCCGAACAAGAGCCCGGGGCAAACCGCAUCGACGGCAACGAACUGGUCGGGGUCGAGGGAAACUUUAGCAAAAUGUUCUUCGAAACGGAGAACCUAACGAUGGUAUCCUCGCAGGUGGGAUCCAUUGCCGUGCUGCCGUGCGUGGUCCGAAACAUCGGCGCGGGUCUGGUGUCCUGGAUACGAAGGAAAGACUAUCACCUGCUGACGAUCGGGGUGACGACAUACAGCAGUGACGAGCGCUUCAACAUUAUCCGUUCCGAGGAUUCCGAGGAAUGGCCACUGCAAAUCAAAUACGUCCAGCUACGGGAUGCCGGUCCGUACGAAUGCCAAGUUUCGACCCAUCCGCCAACCUCGAUAUUCAUCCAAUUGGACGUAGUGGAAGCAAAGGCGGAAAUUUUCGGCCCAUCGGAAAAAUAUCUCAAACCUGGCUCGACGUUGCGGCUCACCUGUCGGGUCGUCAAGAGCAACGAGCCACCGUUGUACAUCUUCUGGUACCAUAACAAUCGGAUGAUCAAUUACGAUGUUCACCGAGGUGUUAACGUAUCCACCGAGGCCGAUAAUCGCUUCUCGGAACUGGUCAUAUCCCAUACCAAUACCCUUAACUCCGGAAAUUACUCAUGCGUGUCAAACAAUGCGGUGGCGGCCUCGACACUGGUGCACAUUUUGAACGGUGAAAACCCGGCGGCCAUGCAGCACGGUGACCACGGUAAUGCCGUCCUGGCUGCUGCCCACCUCCACUUACUGGCGACAAUUGUAACAUAUCACGUCAUUAAUUCGUUAUUAUGUGCUCAUUAAAAGUGUACCCGCAAAAACAUGAAAUCGUGCAGCCCAAUCUGCAUCUGGAAGAAGAAAAUGACAGGUGCGGCUGUAAAACGUAAAUCAUUUUUUAAACACUUCGGUUCGAGCAAACCAAACAACCCAAUAUUUUCUCCCACCCACAACUUUUCACAGGAGGAUGCGAUGUCGAACGGUGAUUCUGGUAUGGGCGGUAUAAAUAAUCUGUGAACAUCGCUGCAGGUGCAAAGACACCAUGAGAUAUGGUAAUGACAAUUGCAAACAUAAAUCAUGUGUACCAAGCAGGAGAAAAUCCCUUGCCACAUAACGUGGCAAAAAACGCGAGAAGAGAAAAAAGUUGUUCGAAUCGGAAAUUCACAACGGAACCCAUAACGAUUACACCACCCCCAAAUAGCAAAUGACUGAGCGGGUUAAAAAAUAUUUUGAACUGAUAUUUGAAUAUUAGUUUGAAAAUUAGUUUGAAAAUUAGUUUGAACACUUAGAUCACAGGUUUAACCCACAUUUUAUGAGCUACAGCUGCACAUACAAUCAAAGGUCCGUUUCAAUCAGAAUAUGAUUUCCAUACCAAAAUAAUCUGUUUCGCACAGUAAAAAGGGAUUUUUUUUGCAACUGUAUCAAAUAGUAAGUAUUUGAUUCGCUUAGUUGACUGCUAAUGCAAACCCAAUUUCCUAAACCAGUACAACACCAGUACUGCAUCAGCUCUCCAGCUUAGUUAGGAGCUCUGAGCCUGUAUAUACCAAUUGGUUUUUUUUUUUUUGCAAAUGUAGCAUAAAACAAUAAUGUGAAACAAAAAGAAACUAAAGCAAACUGCACAACUAUCAAUCAAACCGUACAGUACGAAGUGCUGCUCUCCGCUCCACCACAGCUGUGGAUUUUGAUCCAUCAAAAUAGAAAAAUCUCUUAGUAAUUGUUACUCACCUUGGAUGGAAACUGUAUAGAAGUAAAACUAACACGGUCGGCCACUUAUGACAGGAGUUAGUCAACUCGGCACUAAAAUAUAUAUGAGCAUCUUUCUACGAAGCUACGGGAUUCUUUUACUCCUAUUCUCCACUUUAAACUACAAAACAUUAUCCCAAACCAACUGUUGUAAAAACAUACAAGAAAAAACAAAAUGGAAAUUGUAGCUUCCGUAGUGGAAAGACAACUGUUGAAUAAACUGAAGGUAGGAUUAGUUAAAUGAAAACAGUCAGCUGAGCGGCAGCGGUAAAAACUGCAUCGAUGUCUGCCGUAGAUUAAUUUAAUUAAUUAAACUAAAGCGAGCAAAACCUAUCUACGUAAGUGUAAAAUUGUAAAUACGAAUGUCGGUGUAAAAUAAAAUUGGAAAAAAAUACAAUUGGACAAAAUGUUACGUUACCCUGACCGAAUGUACAUUAAUGUUCACCAGUUGGCAACAAGAACCAGCAGUAUAAACAAAACACAAUACACCGAAUCGAUUCAAUGUUGGAUUAUCGAGAAUGAUAAUGGAUACGAUGCAACAAGCAUAAUUUAUAAAAGAAAACAAACCAAGCAAAAAAAUGAAUAACACACAAACAUCCAUACACACAGACACACAGACACACACACACAUACACACAGAUACGAACAUGAAACUCUCGUUUUAAUAAAAAUAUAUUUGGAUUAAAAA